AUGAGUAUGGUUGGUUUAAAUUUACUAGCAAAACUUAAUCGAAUUAUUUGCUCCGCAAAACAUGUUGAUCCUCAAGUUCCAUUUGGUGGUGUGAAUGUUAUCUUCUUUGGUGACUACUUACAAUAUCGACCUGUUUAUGAUGCACCAUUACACACCGAUUUUUUAUUACCAUCCAAAAAGAAAUCUGGUAAACUACCCACAGAAAAAGAAAUUCAACAACGUGUUGCACGUUCUUUAAUCCUUCAAAUCAACUGCGUUGUAAAACUUACUCAACAGAUGCGAACGGAAGAUCCACGGUAUCUUCAAUUGCUUGAACGACUCCAUCACAGUCAAUGUAAUUACGAUGAUUACGAAUUAGUGUUAACACGAGUUGUUGGGCAAUCAUCAGUAGGUUCUCUACGCGAUGAACCUUGGAAUAAAGCUCCGAUUCUUGUUUUCCGAAAUGAAGUACGGACACAAUUGAACAAUAAAGCAGCAAUUCACAAGGCAGCGGAAAUAGGACAAGCACCCAUGGCAUGUGUCGCUCAAGACACUUGCAAAGGCAAAUCAAUUGAAGAUCCGACCCUUAUUAAAAAAUUGUUAGAAUUAUCUGAUAGCAAAACAGAGCAUUUGCCAGGUCUUUUACCUUUGGUUCCUGGAAUGCCUGUUAUUUUAACACAAAACAUUGCUAUUGAACUGGGUCUCAUUAAUGGAAUGAAUGGAAUCUUUCGACAACUUGUCUACGAAGAAGAUCCCGUGUCAACAGAUGUUCUUUCGGAAACAUUUCCCAAUAACACACGAUACAUACGUAGACCGUUGUACGCAUUAAUUGAAAUUGUUAGAUCGAAGAUUGAAUGCAACUUUGAACACCUCCAGUCAAAUCUCGUACCAAUACCAUUAAUGGAACAAACUUUUCGCAUUAAUAUUGCCGAUGUUUUACCAAAAGACAAGAAACUGAAAUCAAAUCACAAGGCAAUUUUAUCAAUUAAGCAACGUGCACUACCACUUGUACCUGCGUAUUGUAUUACAACACAUAAAAGUCAAGGUCAAACUUUAAGCGAUGUCGUAAUUGAUCUGAAGCUGCCAAAUGAAACUGAUGACAUUGCUGCAAUAUAUGUACCUUUGUCACCCGUGAAACGCUUGGCUGAUUUGAUUAUUUUGCGACAUUUUGAUUACACAUUUUUAACAAUGAAACCAAGUAAAUCUCAACUCGCCGAAAUAGAAAGACUAGACAAACUAUAUUUAGAAACACAAAAGCGUUUUAUUGAAUGGUUUUAA